UCGAUUGCAUAUUUGGGUGCUGACGAGGACGAGGAUCGGUUGCCUUAUGUCGACGAUCUGAAACGCACGGAGACUACAGAUGAAGGCGAUAACUUCUUUGCUCACCCGUUUCGACAAGAUAUGGAAGACGAAGAGGAACAGCAGCCACGGCCCAUACAAGCGCCCUACGUUGCACCCAAAACUCGACUGACGCGAGUUGCGAAAUGGGAGCCAGCAGAAUCUUCCACUGAAGGCGCCUGCAGUGACAGUCAGCAACAAGAAGAGGAUUCGACACUUGCUGCUGCAGCACCUGUCCCAGCUCUAGCCGGUGAAGCGGCAGUUGAAGAGACGGAACCAACAACGCCAUCGUCACCCAGCAAGGUCGGAGGAGCGCGUGACCAGUGGGGAAAAACAGUCGAUAAGAUCAAAAUGAUUGCCAAUAUCCAAACAGUUCCCGAACAAGGUCGGGAUGUGGACAUGUCGCCAUCCUUGAAAACAUCGUUGGCGCCCUUUUAUCCGCCUGUAUUUGAGCCUUCAUUUAUUGCCUUGUCACGAGAUGAAUACGGUAGAAAAUUGCCACCCAUAAUACUCCCAAUGAUCUCGGUUGCCGUGACAGACUCUGAAUACAUGACCAGGGGCAGCCAAUGGGUCUUUCGGACCGAGCUGCAAUACGGCGACAUCAAAUGGGUGAUCCGGCGCACGAUAGCUGACUUUGUUACGCUGCAUUACACUUUGAAAUUGAAAUCCAGUCUGUCAGACUAUGUGCCUGCUCCGCCGCAGUUUCCGGACCAGCUACGCAGCUUGAUCAGCUCAGCCAGAACAACCAUUGGUUUGGAUCGCAAAGACGACGAGAAUGCAGACUUCAAUGAAGGCAACGAGACAGAGGGCGAAAAAAAGGAGAUCGCAUUGACCCGACGUGUGGCUCUAACGAUCUAUCUGCGUGCCCUGCUCUCCAAAGCACACAUGUUGGUCAGUUAUGACAUUUGUGAAUUCUUUGAAGUGUCGGCCGUGUCGAUUUUCCAGGACAUGGGGUGGAAGGGAAAAGAAGGCUUUUUGGAGAAUCGUGUCCGCAACUCGAACCCAAACAUGUGUCAUUUCUGGCAAACGCACAGGUGGAACAAGGAGUGGGUCUUGCUGCGCGACUCGUACAUUGCCUUUUGUGAUGAUAUUGCCGCGCCCGGACCAUCGGAUGUCCUGUUGUUAGAUAACACGUUCCAAGUGCGCGUCACUCAGCCGAGUUAUAUCGGCAGCUACCACAUGACGCUGUCAACGUUAUAUCGAGAGAUCGAAAUCAAGGGUAGCCGGCGUGAGGUGGAUGAAUGGAUGGACAGUAUUGAACGUGUCAAGAAGGAUAGUCCGUGGGUCAAGAACCAUCGGUUCAGUUCGUUCGCGCCCGUCAGACAUAAAGCCAAGGUCAAGUGGUUCGUUGAUGGCGAAAACCAUAUGAACGCCGUAGCAGAAGCCAUUUUAUCCGCCAAAUCGGAAAUCUAUAUUGCCGAUUGGUGGUUGACGCCCGAAUUGUAUUUGCGACGUCCACCAGAAAAGAACCAAGAAUUCCGUAUCGAUCGAUUACUCCAACGCAAAGCCAAAGAAGGCGUUAUGGUGUAUAUCAUCGUUUACAAGGAAAUGUCGUUGGCGCUUACAAUUGACUCAGCACAUACCAAGAAAUGGCUGCAAGGAUUACAUCCGAACAUCAUCGUUCAACGACAUCCCGACCGACGAGCGUUUGAUAACAACAGUUCCAUUUUUUUCUGGUCUCACCAUGAGAAACUCGUUGUGGUAGACAAUAGACUGGCAUUCAUUGGAGGUAUUGAUUUAUGCUUUGGCCGCUUUGAUACACACGCACACCGGAAUGCCGAUUACCCGGCCAAAGGUCACCAAUACAAGAUGUUCCCUGGCCAGGAUUAUUCCAGUCCUCGCGUCAAAGACUUUUCUGAUGUGGCUAAUCAUGACACAUCACUGGUGGAUCGAGAAGAAAUUCCACGUAUGCCAUGGCAUGACAUGUCGUGUGCUGUCGUGGGUCCCAUCGCUCGUGAUGCUGCACGAUUAUUUAUCCAACGAUGGAACUAUCUCAAAACUAGCAAGAGUGGCCAUCGUAAUAUCGUACCGUUCUUGAUGCCCAAAGGUGAAUAUGUGGCACUUCGUGACGAAAGUAAUUUCGAAGGAACGUGCCGUGUCCAGUUAUUGAGAAGUUGUUCGAGUUGGAGUUCUGGUAUCGAGCGAGAGCACUCGAUUUAUAACGCAUACUUGGAAUCCAUUAUUCAAGCGAAAUACUUCAUUUAUAUCGAGAACCAAUUCUUUAUCAGUGCUACUGGAGAAGAUAAGAUUGUUCGCAACAAGAUCGGCCAGGCGCUGGUGGAUCGCAUCAAGCGAGCGCACUAUAAUAAUGAAAAGUUCAAAGUAUUCAUUUUGAUUCCAUUGAUUCCUGCCUUUGAAGGUGAUUUAACAACUGGUGAUUCCCUUGGUGCUCGUGGUGUCAUGCAUUUCCAAUAUAUAUCCAUGAGCCGUGGCGGUAACUCUAUCUGCGAAAAGUUACGGGAAGAAGGCAUUGAUCCAGGACAAUACAUUGGCUGGUACAGUCUUCGUAAUUGGGAUAAGAUUGUUCCACGUAUUCCCAGAAUGAAGCGACGACAAAAGAAGCGACGAAAUGGAAACAUGUCUCCUGCGGCUCCUCCGGCUGAGGAAGGCGCACCAGGUGAAGGAGGAGAACAAAACGAUCAUCUCAAGGUGAGUAGUGGCCAUCAAGAAGAUCUGGCAUCCCUGUCAUCGAAAUCCUCUGCUGGCGGAACUAGUGAUGUGUCAGCAGGCGAGGAAGAAGAAGAGCAGCAGCUUGAAGAAGAGCAAGAUGGUCGCGAUCAUUAUGUCAGUGAGCUUGUCUAUAUUCACGACAAGCUCAUGAUCGUUGAUGAUCGUAUUGUUUUGAUUGGAUCUGCAAACAUUAACGAUCGAUCGUUGUUGGGCAACCGCGACUCUGAAAUGGCCGUCUACAUUGAAGAUACCGAAAUGAUACCCUCAUACAUGGACGGCAAAGAAUACCAGGCCGCCAAGUUUGCGCAUACGCUUCGCAUGCAGCUGUGGAAAGAGCAUUUGGGCCUUUUGGAUUUCCAUGACUGGGACGUUCUGAUGGAUCAAGAUGACGAUGAUGCUUUACAGACAUGUGCGACUGAAGGUAUUGGCUACGACACUGUCGCAGCUGGCACGGGUCAAGGAGUCGCUGUCGAAGAAGGUCUCACUGCUACAGCCAACGGUGAUGAUGGCGUCAACAACAAUAUCAAACUUGAGAACGAAUACAUUCGUGAUUGUGAACGAGACGAGGUAGCACGUAUCAUUGACCGAGUGUCGCGUACACGCAGUAUUUUCGACAAGUACCGUCAUCACAUGAAACAUGAUCAUGAUCAAGAACAUUUGAAAGAAGCACAGGCGUUGGAUCCAUUGGCGGACAGAUGUUACUAUAACAUUUGGCGCAAGACAGCCAAUGCCAAUACUCUAGUUUAUCGCGACGUGUUCCGAUGUGUGCCGGAUGAUACGGUCCGCAAUUUUGAUGAGCAUCGCAAGUUUGUGCCGGAUGCUAACCAGGUAGCCUAUGGCCAUGUGGCAGAUCCGGAACGAACGGCAGAAGAUAUCCAACAAACAUUGGAUGGUGUACGUGGUCAUUUGGUCGAGUUCCCAGUGGACUAUCUAAAGGAUGAAACGUUAUUGAAUACCUUUGAAUCCAUGGCUCCCAUGAUUAUCUUUACUUAAAUUAUGUCUUCACCCCACUACAAAGCACACUCGCACCACAACCAUAUCCCAAUUCACGACAUCUUUCUCUAUUUUCUCCAUUUGUUACAUUUCUUAAAUAUUAUAUAUACCAACUUAUCAUAUAUCAC